AGAAAUGGCCGAGUUUAUAAAAAAAAAUGCACGCUUUGAUGCUCGUGGUUCCUAUAAAUAAGCCAUGGGACGCAUCACUCUGCCUGCACCAGCCACACACACCCAACCACCCCCCGCUACCACUUCAACCCGCACUGGUUGGUCUUCGCACACUCUCGGAGUUCAGCAUCGCUCGCGCAUCAUCAGAAUAGUCAAGCCCGUAUCACGGCGAGGAGCCGAGGAGCAUCGUCGGCGAGCGUGAUCGGCCGGGAAAUGGUGAAGAGCGCGCAGCAGCAGCAGCAGCAGCAGCAGGUGGCGCUCGGUGGCGACGGCGGCAAUGCGGCGGCGGCGAGGCAGGGCGGCGGCGGCGGGGGGAGGCAGCAGCAGUACAAGGGCGUGCGGAUGCGGAGCUGGGGGUCGUGGGUGUCGGAGAUCCGGGCGCCCAACCAGAAGACGCGCAUAUGGCUCGGCUCCUACUCCACCGCCGAGGCCGCCGCGCGCGCCUACGACGCCGCGCUGCUCUGCCUCCGGGGCUCCGCCGCCGACCUCAACUUCCCCGUCCACCUCCCCUUCCACGUCCCCGCCGCCGCCAUGUCGCCCAAGUCCAUCCAGCGCGUCGCCGCCGCCGCAGCAGCAGCAGCCGGCAGCAGCCCCCUGCAGCCUCACGCCGUGCCCAGCUCCCCCGCAGCCUGGCCCGGCCCCGGCGCCGCCCCGCCGUGCGGCUACGGCGACAACGCGUCCUCCUUCGGCUCCCCGGAGGACGACCAGUCGGCCCGCCACGGCAACGCCGCCGCCGACGACGACGACGAGGCCAUGGCGCGCGGCGACGACGGCGUGGACUACGACGCGCUGGCGGACAUCGACGCCUUCUUCCAGUCGCCCAAGUGCAUGGACUACUCCAUGAUGAUGGACCCCUGCAGCACCUUCUUCGCGCCGGCGCCCGUCGAGUGGGAGGAGGAAGCCGAGAUCAGCCUCUGGAGCUUCUCCUCCUACAACUGAUAAAUGCCAGCCCCGACGACGGCCAUGGAGGACAAGCUUCGACCGGUCAAAUCGCCGCUAAGCAAUUCCAUCAACACUGACAGAUUAAUUACCCAACUACCACUACGAGUGACCAAGAAUUGGUCACGGUAAAAAUAAUCGCAAGCCAUGAUCAAUUCUUAUUUCAUGGUCUUGCGGAAAAUGAUGAUUAAUUAUUAUUUCAUUGAUAUUCCGGCCGUGGCUAAAUAUACUAAUAGUACCACUGACGUACUAGUCGUACGUAUCCGUACUAGACCCAUUAUGCGUUUGUGGGGGAGCUCUGAUGCAGCUACAUGUUUUAAGGCAGCUUCCAUGGAGCCAACUCCCCUCAAUUAGUUACAUGUGUACUAUGUGUAAAAGCUGUUUGUGCAAGUGUGCAAGCAAUGGGUUAUGAUGAUGAACUGCCUCUUCAAUUCAUUUUUAGUUAGUGCUUUUGGCAA